ACAAAUUAGCGAUAUUUCUGUAGAGAGUAGAGGAUUCUUAUUUGGAAGCAAAUAUCAUGUUUAUGUGAAAUGUACACUUUUCCAAAGUGACGAAAUAUUACAUUGAAGUAUAAAAAUACGUCAAUUUUUAUGCAGCUAUCUCAUUUAUAUCAUGUAUAUCUCAAAAAUAUCAAAUAUAUUGAGCGUGGUCGUAGGUAUCUGCAGUUUUGUGUAUACUUGUUACAUUUUAUGCUAUCUAACUUAUUUCUUAUCGAAUCAUGGUGAUAACGAAAAUCUGCAUACAGCAUCAGGUGACAAUGCAGGCGAAUCUAUUUUAUGGUCUCUUUUAAUAGAUAUGUUACUCAUCAAGAUUUUUGUCUUUCAACAUUCAAUCAUGGCCAAUGAAUUCUUUAAACAUAUCUUCUGCAGAUUACAGAUUGAAUAUCUUAGCAGAAGUAUUUACAAUGCCUGCAGCUCUGCAAGUCUUCAUUUCUUGAUCAGUAAAUGGCAACAUACUCCAGCUGUGACAAUCUGGAAGUUUGAAACUUCUAAUGAGGCAGUCUGGAUGUUAUUUUCUGGUUUUCAUGUAUUUGCUUGGAGUAUUAUUUAUAGUGGAUGUAUUAUGAUUGAUAUUCCUGAACUCUGUGGACUCAAGCAGAUAUGGUAUAAAGUAUCUGAAAGAAGUGGUCUAUUAGAUACAAAAUCUAAUGAGUUUCGCAGAUAUAUGAAGCAUAUGAGACAUCCUAGUUUUAUUGGAUUUCUUACCAUUUUAUGGAUUUAUCCUAUCAUGAGUGUAGAUCGGGUAUUAUUGGCUACUAUAUUGACAAUAUACAUGGCAUUGAGAUGGACAAUAGAUUUCGAGGAUUAUAAUUAUCAUAAGAGAUAUUUCAGACAGAAGCAAAUAGAAUUAUCUUGAUUAUUUUUUUUUCAUCUUUUGAUUUUUCAAAUUGUCUUUAAGAUUUCUUUCUUGAUUCUUGUUUAUUUUGCAUUUUAUUUAUUAACAACCACACAUUAAUGAAUAUUAAGAAUUUUUAUAUAUAAUAGAUUUAUAUAAAUUUCAUAAAAAUUUUCAGAUUAACAUUGUAUUAUAUACAUAUUAAUUAUAAGUAUAAUUAAAAAUGUAUGUAUGUGAUAUAUUUCUUUUUUUAUAUUGAUUUUCAGAUUUUCAUGUAUAAAUAUGAUUAAUAUAUAAUAUAUUCUAUAUGUUUCUUGGAAUUUUAGAUAAUGCAA